AUGAGAUUUUCCUUCAGUACAGCAAAGAAGGUGUUUCCGUUAUCUGCUCUAUUUUGCCUAACGGUAACGAUGAGCAAUCUAUGCCUGAAAUAUGUUGAAGUGUCAUUUUAUCAGAUUUCGCGCUCUCUUGGCAUUCCCAUGAUUCCUUUUAUCAAUUAUAUCCUAUUCGGAGAGCACACAACCGUCCAGACCCUCCUCUCCUGCUUCACCAUCGUUUUUGGCUACAUUGCAGGAGUCGAAGGAGAAAUCAAUUUCUCUCUGAAGGGCACUCUGUUUGGCGUGGGUGCAAGUCUGGUCGGUGCGUUCUAUACCAUUUUCCUUCAACGUUACCUCAAAGAUGUGAUCAAGAACAGCUGGGAGCUCACCUUCUACAACAACCUCAAUAGUUGCGCGAUUCUCCCGCUUCUCUGCCUUGCGAUGGGAGAAGUGGAGGUUGUCUGGGCGCACCGGGCUGAGCUCUCGCUCUCCUUUUUUGUUUGGACAGCCUUUGCGGGCAUUGUCGGACUGUUUGUGGGUAUUGCGACCCAAAUGCAGAUUAAAUACACGAGUAGCCUGUCCCACAACAUUUCUGGAGUGAUGAAGAACUGCAUUCAGUCGUUCAUUGGAGCUGCAAUCUACCAAACACCACUCACACUGAAGGGUAUAUGUGGCGUGUUGCUGGUGGUGGGAGGCUCGUUUUCCUAUGCGUUUGAGAGGAUUCAGCUCAGUACUCUUCCAAAACAAGAAGAGCAAACGCGAUUAAUCCAGAGAGAUGUGGAGAAAGGCAGUACUUAUAGAAGUAAUAGUUGCUAA